GUUAUUUUAGCGAGUCUUUCGUCUGUCAAUGUGAAAGCUUUCGUUCGUCGACAGCUUAUCACUGAAAAGAGCUAAACCAGAGAGAUCUAUAGAGAAACAAUCAAAAGAAUCCCUCACUACAUUGAACAGGAGAUUCUGAAGUCAUGAUGAGUUCUAAGAAUAAUUCCACCAGCGGAAUUAAUCCGGACAAGAACUUCACUAUCCUCUAAUCAUUGUGAUUGGUUUAUGUUGUUUCUUCUAUCUUCUUGGAGCAUGGCAAAAGAGUGGGUUUGGUAAAGGAGACGGUAUAGCAAUAGAAGUUACAAAGCAAGCACAAUGUACUACAGACAUCAUAACCGAUCUCGACUUUGAGCCUCACCAUAAAACGGUGGAGAUACCUCAAAGAGCUAACCCGAAACCUGUCGUGUACAAACCCUGUGACGUGAAAUACAAAGAUUACACACCUUGUCAAGAACAAAAACGAGCAAUGAGAUUCCCAAGGGAAAACAUGAUCUACAGAGAGAGACAUUGCCCACCGGAGAACGAGAAGUUACGGUGUUUAAUUCCGGCUCCUAAAGGGUAUAUGACUCCUUUCCCUUGGCCUAAAAGCCGUGACUACGUUCACUAUGCGAAUGUUCCUUUCAAGACCUUGACGGUUGAGAAAGCUGGACAAAACUGGGUCAAGUUUCAAGGGAAUGUGUUUAAAUUCCCUGGAGGAGGAACUAUGUUUCCUCAAGGUGCCGAUGCUUAUAUCAAAGAGCUAGCUAGCGUAAUCCCAAUCAAAGAUGGAUCAGUUAGAACCGCAUUGGACACUGGAUGUGGAGUUGCAAGCUGGGGUGCGUAUAUGCUUAAGAAGAACGUAUUGACUAUGUCAUUUGCGCCACGAGAUAACCACGAAGCUCAAGUACAGUUUGCGCUAGAGAGAGGCGUUCCAGCAAUCAUCGGUGUACUCGGGUCAAUUCGUCUUCCAUACCCACCAAGAGCCUUUGAUAUGGCUCAUUGCUCUCGGUGUUUGAUACCGUGGACCUCAAAUGAGGGAAUGUACUUGAUGGAAGUCGAUAGAGUCCUGAGACCGGGUGGUUACUGGGUCUUAUCCGGACCUCCAAUCAACUGGAAAACGAACUACAAGACAUGGAAACGGUCUAAGAAAGAACUCAAUGCUGAGCAGAAGAAGAUAGAGGAAAUCGCAGAGUCCUUAUGCUGGGAGAAGAAGUAUGAGAAAGGAGACAUUGCAAUCUGGAGAAAGAAAACAAACGACAUAUCAUGCGACAGGUCAUCAUCAUCUGUCCAAACUUGCAAAGGAAAAGACAAUGAUGAUGUCUGGUAUAAGGAAAUGGAAGUAUGCGUGACUCCAUUCCCUAAAGUAUCAAACGAAGAAGAAGAAGAAGUCGCGGGAGGAAAGCUGAAGAAGUUUCCGGAGAGGCUGUUUUCAGUGCCUCCAUGCAUAACCAGAGGUUUGGUCGAUGGUGUGAACGCUGAAUCAUACCAAGAAGAUAACAAACUAUGGAAGAAGCGAGUGAGUAACUACAAGAGAAUCAAUAGGCUGAUAGGUAGCACGAGAUACCGUAAUGUGAUGGAUAUGAAUGCUGGACUUGGUGGAUUUGCGGCUGCACUUGAAUCGUCUAAAUGUUGGGUUAUGAAUGUUGUUCCAACCAUAGCAAACAACACUUUAAGUGUUGUAUUCGAGCGAGGUCUUAUCGGCAUCUACCAUGACUGGUGUGAAGGCUUUUCGACUUAUCCGAGAACAUAUGAUCUCAUCCACGCAAACAAUGUCUUCAGCUUGUAUCAACACAGCUGCAAAAUUGAAGACAUUCUCCUUGAAAUGGAUCGGAUUUUGAGACCGGAAGGAACGGUUAUUUUCAGAGACGAGGUUGAUGUUUUAAACGAUGUAAGAAAGAUUACAAACGGAAUGAGAUGGGACACUAAACUGAUGGAUCACGAGGAUGGUCCACUUGUGCCGGAGAAAAUCCUCGUCGCCGUUAAGCGGUAUUGGGUCGCCGGGGGAGACGACGGAGGCGGAGGAAACAGUACUUCGCCGUCUAGUAACGAGUAAGAAGAAUUAAAGAAACGCAGGUGAUUUAUAGGUGAAGACAUAACAUUUGGAAGUAAGAAAUUUGGAAGGAAUCAGUAUUGUAUUUUCAAGGAAACAAGGGGAUCAAGUUGAGCUAAUUGAAUCUAGUUAAAUUGUUACAAAAAUAAUUAGUUGAUGUAUAUGCAUUGAAUCCAGUAUAAUAGUCAGGCUCGAGGAUAAUGUAUGUAAUUGUGUACAACUACUAAAUUAUUAAUAAUACUACUAAUACGAUGUUGAACUUUCUAAUUUUAGAAGAAUGAUAAAAAAUCCUUCGACGUAUAACCAAA